GCUAUUGGUCAUUGGUUGUUUAUCUUCGCGUGGCCUGUUAUUAAUUAGUAGCGACAAAUAUCAAAGUUUUCAAUCGAAGAGUUGAUCUGGGUGACAUAAUAUUCUUGGAAGCGCGUUGGUAAAACGAUGGCAGAAAAUGAGACCAAGUCUCCAUCAGAUGAAGAAUCGAAUGGAGAUGAAAGCCAACCUCCAAAACAUCGGUCAACUGUCAACGAACGAACUGAAUAUUUUGAGAAAUUGGAAAAAUGGUUACAGGAAGCCUACGUCUGCCAAAGUGUCGCUGCAAUGUUUCCCUAUUACGUUAUGUCUACACAAAUGUUGAACUCCGCUACUGGUAUUGGCCAAUUUACACAAGUACCAGGUAACGUUGGCUUCACGACAACUCCUAAUGUUCCACAAGCUAAUGCUGAUGUGCAUCAUCCCGAAGCAAACGAAGGUCUAAGACAAAGAAGACCACAAGACCCUACCGGAUUAGCACAACCGCCCGGAGCUGAAGGAUUUGAAUAUCGUGUACCACCACUAUGGAAGCGUUUCUUUGCCGAGUUCAUUGACUUCAUGGUACUAUUCUUUCUUAAACUUUCCAUUACAUUUAUUGCCGUCGACUUUUUCGAUUUUAUAGACAUAGAGCACUAUGAUUUAGAACUGAUUCAAAAAAAUCUCCGAAUCGACUACAAAAUGGCUCUGGAAAUGACUUCUGGAAUAUUAAUAUUGGAGUUGAUCCACAGAGUUUUUGUGUGUAUAUUUGAGGCAAUUUGGCUUCAACAUGGAAUCAAUGGCCGCAUAGGUGGGGCAACGCCAGGUAAAAUCGUUAUGGGGUUACGUGUUGUCCAAUGUCGAAAUAUAACGCCAAUAGAACGCCCAGAUGGUGGGGACAUAGUAUUUAUUUCCCCAGGUACAGACCUAGGCUUUCCGGUAGCUCUUGGUCGAUCAGUGGUGAAAAAUUUGAUUUUAGCAUUUCUAUUUCCAAUCUGUUUUGCCUUAUUUUUCUUUAGGUUUAAUAGAACUGGCUAUGAUCUUGUUUGUAAUUCAAUAGUCAUCGAAUGUCCGUAUCGAAAUAGAGCAAAUAACAGACCUCGACAGCAAUAACGAGAAGUUUCUAAAAGAUUUGAUCAAUUGCAUUGCAGGAUAAAAGUACUGAAGAUUCAAAUAUCAUAGAUGCAUAUGAACUUCCGGUGUACAUCAUAUUAUAAAGCUUAAAUGUCUUUAAGAUUUACGAUCAAUUGUACUAUCGUUUCGCAGAGAUGUAUACCUAUGUAUUACAAUACUUGUAAAUAUCUAUCAAAAUUGAGGAUUACACUAAUGCAUGGAAUGGUAAAUACAAAUCUAUAUUUUAAAAUAUUUAUUUCAUUCUGAUUAUGCGAUUCUUGGUGGGAUACCAACUAUAAUUAAAAGUAAUUUAUUUUCAUAAACAAGCUUGCCUCAAAACCGAUAUUUAUAUUUUUUAAUAUUCAUGUCGUCUUAUUUCGAAUGCUCGCAUGAUUUUACACCAAUCGUUCGAGGUAUGUGCAUGAUAAAAUUGUGCAGAAUGCAGGAAACUUUCAUUCAAAUGUUCAAAUGAAUUACCAUACGUGCACAAUCGAUGGAGAAUUUGAGGUUCGAGGUAAUCUACAUUAGAUCACAUGAUUGUUCUAAUUUCUAAUCAUUUCUUUGGUCAGGUGUACGUUGUCAAAGACAUUAUAUUAACUGUACAUUGGCACAACUUGUCAAUGUAAGAGUAAGAUACGUCCUCAGUUUAGCGAAUAAGUAUAUUUCUAUCAAAGCUGUAAUAUAUCUAUUGUAAAAUAAAUGAGAAUUCAUAUUUA